AUGAUUUUCUCUCAGCCAUCCUGCCCGUACGGCUCGUACAUGAAUGAAGAUGGCAACUGCAUCUCCGUCGACAAAGUGCCCGCAGAACGCACUUGCCCGGCUGGCUAUCAGCCCUACGAGAAAGGGUGUUUGCGCCGGGACCUCAUUCAAGCCAUCCCGUUCUGUCCCUCUCGCGCGUUUCAAUUGUUCCAGCAUGGCUCCGAGUCGGAGUGCGUUAAACUGACCGAGGAAGAGCCUCUUUUCACGUGCAAAGAAGGCGUAUUCGAUUCCUCUCUCGGCCUCUGUAUCAAACACAGUGAGGAAGAGCCAACGGUGUCUUGUCCGCCAGGCUUCGAGCUCAACGAGACCGCUCACCAGUGUGAGCGCCGGCUCUUUGUCGACCCUGUCCCCUUUUGCGAGGAAGGCUGGGACCUGUCACCUGAUCCGGAAACGGGAUUGUUGACCUGCGUUUCCUUUUGGAGCCCACCGCCUGCUCGAGUGUGCCCCGAGGCGGACUACCACCUUGUAGGCGAUUCCUGUGUGCUGGAGAAACUCGCAGAUCCGCAGCCUGUCUGCCCCCAAGAAUUCGUCUACAAUCGCUGGGACGACAUGUGCCGUCGCGUGAGAGCGCAUGCGGCGACGCCUGUGUGUCGAGAAGGCUGGAAAUUCAUCAAGGAAACUGGAAAAUGCACGCUGGAGGAGGAGCCCACCUACCUCUGUCCAGACGGAGACAUGGACGGGCACCUACGGCCUCAGCUAGAAGCGGGGAAGCAGGGCGAGAGACCGCAGCACCUGUGGCCAGAAAAAAGCGAGAGAAGUGAAGAAGAGGACUCGGUAACCGGGAUUUUUGCCUCCGGCGCUGCCGCCAGGGGCCGACUGUGGGAUGCGGCUGUGCGGGCGCUGCAAGAAACUCCGUUCUUCGACCGACGCUCCAAAGGUCCUGGGAGUCCCCAGGCAGGAGCAGAAGCCCCGAGGGUCGCAGACCCAGCCAAGGCCGCGCAGUGCGCGACGGUGGAAACUCAGCCUCCACAAAUGGGCUGCGAACACGGAGAGUUGAUCUCGCUCCUCGCUUUAGAAGAAGGACGCCUAGACAUUUCAACCGACCACGACGCCUCACGGCAGGACGAUGAAAGUCCAAGAGUUCACUCUUUCCCCUCUCCUCUUUCCCUGGAGGCCCGCGACUCGCUCUUCCACGUCUUGAAUGAGGAGCGCCGCUUCUCCCAGGCCCCCGAACGUGACCAAGGGCAGACUCGGAAACCACACGUUACCCCCACAGAUGUCCCCGCUGACGAGGACCUUUCUGCUGUUUUUGCUUCUUCUUCUUUUCCUUCUUCUCCACCAGAUGCCUUGUCUUCUAUCGAGGAACCGAUCCCUAGUUCGACGUCGCCUUCGCGCCUGAAGAUGUUGAACCUUCGCCGACCGCUGAGCGCUCUGGGCCGGAGCGCUGGGGCUCAGGCCCUCGACGACGAGCGCGAGGACCGAGAAAAACGUGAGAGAAAAGCGAAGCGAGAAGAUACCGGAGAGGUCCUUGCACCGCCAGAGGGCGGAACGCUAGCGGCUGACGAAGGCCAGGCUGUUGAUCGAAGGGGUGAAGCAAAGCCGUCAGAGAAUGGAAAAAAGCGAGCGCCGCCUGGAGCGUCUGGAGACCUGAGUCUGCGCCGAGGGGGGCGACCUGGGGAUGGCAGCGACACGGGAGAGGCAGACAGACGCCUGCUGGCGACAGGCCCACCCGGGACGAAGGAUCCUUCCAAUAACGGUCGACGCGAAAAGGCAAGAGAAACGCAAGAGCAAAGAGCCCCGUCGACCACGCGUCUCGAUUCGCACUUGGCAGGCCACCUGCCGACUGCAGGCCGGGGAGAAAAGCAUCCUCAAAAAGACCUCAAAGACUCCGAGAAUCGCGCGGCGCCGUCCCCAAACGGAUCCGCGCCUUUUCGUGCGACAGCGAGUGCCUCCAGUGGCGGCUCCGCGAAGACGGCGGCUCUCACGCAGCGAGCAUCUCUGGGGCUUCACCGGCUUCCUCGGUUGCCUUCGCCGCGCUCUCGGCGUCUGGAAGCUUCUUCCAAGCCUCCACACACGGCGACGUCUACCUCUCCAAAUGCAAAGGCUCGACUGGCCAACGAAGAACCGGCGACCUCUUCGACUUCGUCCACGUUCUUCGCCCAGGAGACAGCAGCAGGCCUUGUCUGCAGACAACGCAUCGUCGUCGCGCCCACCCUGGUGCCGGGUCCGUGCUCGCAGAAGGGUGGAGCGUCACCUCGAGGGUGGGCAAAGGCGGACGUCUCUGAGAAGGAAUGCGUGGAAGUCAGGACGAAAAAACCUACGCUCAUAUGCCCUUCUGGUCGCGUUGCAGAUGACGCAUUUGUCACAUCUCGAUGUGAACAGGUAGGCUCGAGCUGCAGAGACGCUUUCAGUCCUAGGACGAAGCACCUGAUCCUACGCGCGACUGAGUGGGCGGCUUCUCUCGCUGGGAAGUUACGAGUGACAACAGGAAGCGAAGUGCCAUGCGUAGAACAUGACCGCUGUGGCGAGACUUCGAUAUCCUAG